AUACUCUUCUUCUUCCCACCAACUGAUCCACUUUCAAAUAAACUUCUUAACCGCUCCACCUCUCAAUUUACAUCAUUUCUUCUCUCAUCCCCAUGGUUUAAUCCAUCAAUUCUUAGGCUAAGACCCCGUUUUUUUCAUUUUAAUCUUCAAAUCCAAGCAAUGGGGAGAAUUGGGUUUGAAUCAUUAUCAGAUGGAAAGUCACGGCUAGUCCUGGAAAUUUGUUCCAUGGUGAACACCCCCAUUGCAUGUUCUCACAGGCACCGUAUCAAACACCUUGUAAAGUCACGUUUCAUCGACUGGUAUCGUCUCUUGGGAGUUGCAGAAGAUGCUGGAUUAGAGCUUAUCAAAAGGCGUUAUCAUAAACUUGCUUUGCAGCUUCACCCAGAUAAGAAUAAGCAUUCAAAAGCUGAGGUUGCCUUCAAGCUUGUAUCAGAGGCAUAUUCAUGUCUAUCAGACAAUGUAAAGAGAAGAGCUUUCAACUCAGAGAGGAGGAAACACUUCUGUAUCGAAUGCAAUACGAUCCCGUAUUCGAAUCCAGACAACAAUAUUUCACAACAUUCAUCAAAACCCAAAGCUCAGGAUCCCAUGAAUUGUUCAAAACCUGAGAGAUCUCUGCAGAUUCUGAGAGAGAUAAGGAACAGACUGAAAGAGGAAAUCAGAGUCAUAGAACACUGCUUGAAGGUAAACAGGAGGGAAUCUCCGUUGUUCAAUCCAUCAAACAAGCUCAAUGAGAUGAACCAUAUGGUUCAAAGAGAAACCCCAAUUUUUGAGCCUUCAGAGUAUGUAAUCCAUGGCUAUCCACAUUUGAGGAAUGAUGUUUAUAGGGAAGAUGAAAGGUUUAUGCUCUUUAAAAGAGGGAGUUUGAAGGGGAGAAGAAGAGGGGAUUAUGAUUCCCCAAUCUUUGGGAAUGAAUCGGAAAAGGCAAGUUUUAAGGGAGUUUUGAAGAACCAAAUUUGGUAG